GACCUGAAUUGGAUAAGUGAGAAAAAGGAUGGAUGGUACAAACUCCUGGGGUUUGAUCAAAUGUGUGUUUAUGGUUAUGUCUGAUUAAUUUCAUCUUGUUAUCGUCAACAGGCAGUGCAUGCCAAGAAACAGCUGUUAAAGCUAAAUAAAAGAGGGGAUUUUUCUUUGGUUGAGAGGGAAGGGUUUAGGAGAAGUAGAAACAGGAAGAACAAAGUGGGAUGAUGAAAAGUGAAAGUUUGAAGAGGCCGUUUGUGUCCUAUAUAAGGAGUGCUGCUGCAGCAGUCCCCUCACUUCCUUUGCCACUGUAGGUGUUGAAGGGAAGAACAGGCUCUGCAUCAGCCCAUCUGUCUCCAGAGAAACCAAAAGGCAACUCUUCCUGCAAGACCAGACAUGGCUCCAAGGGGUGAUGGCAGACUCUUCCUCUCCAUCCUUUUCAUCGCUUGUUACUGCACAGUGACGCUGGCACAGGUGCCCGCUGACUGCUGCUUGGAGGUGGCAAAAAAACCUAUCGAAAAAGGUCUCGUCGCAAACUACCGCCUUCAGGUCCAGGGACAAGGCUGCGCUAUUGAUGCCACAAUUUUUCUGUCCAGAAGGGGCCGGACAAUGUGCGCCCCCGUUAAUGAAAAGUGGGUCGAAAAUCUGAAACGCCACGUGGAUCAGCUGAAGAAAGACUGCAAGAAACAAAACUACAAGCCCAAACGCUGCACUGGAGUGAAACCCUAGUGAAUCAAACUUUGACCCUUCAGCCAGAGCAGCGGUUCCAAGUCAGCGAGGAGAAAGAUGGGAUCAACCACAACAUGAAUAAAUUAACAAUUUAAGCUUAAUAUGAAAAUGAUCAGCUAUUUUUCUGCCUACUAAAACAAUAUCUUGCCUUUGUUUUUAUGUAACUAUCAAUUUUAUGGAAGACAAAAUAUUUUGAAGGACUUUAUUUUUUUUAUUCUGUGUGUUUUGUUUUAUAAGUAAAAGGUCUGUGAUAUGGGUACAUUGAAAAACUGAAAAUGUGAUUCUUUGUUUAGUGUUUGGUUCACUAAGCAACUUAAAACUCAGGAACAAGCAGUUUGUUGGUCAUAUGGAUUUAUGUGAGUGUUGAUAUUAUCAAAAUAAAGCUCCCCCCCCAAAAAACUCCUAA